AUGGAAUCUAUUACAAAAGGAAUUAUUUGCCAUCACUUUUGGCGAGUAAUGCUUUAUUCAAGUACUGCAAGAUUCCAUAUUAGUAUUAUACCUAUCAGAUGGUAUAAAGAUGAAAUUUUAAUGAAAUUAGAUGAUAUUCUUGAUAAUUCACCAGUACUUACAGCAUUAGAGUCAUCUACUGAAGUUAAUACAACAUCACGAACAGUAGAUUUUACUCUUCAAAGUCUAAGACAACUUCAAGGAUCUUGUCAUAAAGAAAAUGCUCAGAGAAUUAUUCCUCAAAGAUAUCGUUUUGGCGUAGCAUUUUCAACUGCUAAAACUGCAAUUAAUAUUGCAUUAGAAACUGGAAGUGAUACUGAAUUAGUAAAAUUAUUAAAAGAUUUCAUUUUGAAUAAGCAAAGGAGUCGUGAUGGUGAUGGUAUUGAAUCAUAA